UCUGUUGACUUUCUUUGUUGGCGUUGGCUCGCGUCGCGGGUGUGUGGUCGUUUAUUAUAUUAUACGAAUGUUUAAAUCGCGUAUUGAAUCUAGGCGUGCGAAAUAAAUUAUAGUGCGUGUGAGUUAAAAUGUGAAACGCCGUAAAGCAUCGACUGUGUGAGUGUGAUUGUGUGAGUGUGCAUGCAGUAUAAUAUGCCAAUUUUGGCAAAAAGGCCAAUAGGAGCGAGCGAAAAGCAAAAGGCCAGCUGUUUUAAGAUUUAUUUGUUUAAGUGCAAAGUAUUAUUAGUGCGUGAAACUGACUAGACAGCACUAGACAUAAUAAUAAAUGUGCGCAGCAGCAACAAGCGCGCCAGCAUCCGAGUUGGUGGUGGAUCUAGAGUCCUGUGCGCUGCUUACUUGUGAGCCCGUCGAUCCGAACGCCGGCACUAGCAGGACACGCGCUAAACAACGCAUCAGCUUGGGCUCAAAACGACGCAACCGUAUGUCCCGACGUGCGAAUCUAAUUGGCAUCUGUGGCGUGAGCAGUUUGUGCAUACUGCUGCUGAUUGCCACCACACAGCAUCGUCCACUAACUGCCGGAGGCAACCCAGGCGCUGCAUUGAACAGCAAUCAGGCCGCCGCCUACGGCAUCGAUGGUGGUCUCUCCAAUGGCCUGCAACGCAAUGGUGGCGGCGGCGGCGGCCUGUACGAUCGGCUUCAGCAGCAGCCGUCACAAACUGCCGCUGCCAUCUACAAUCUGACAGCAACAAUAGCGGAUGUCCUGGCAGCGCAACGGUCAAAGAUACUUGCCGAAAUGGAAAACUUUGAGUAUCCGCGUGGCGGCGCUGAAAAAUUGGCAGACAUGACGCCCGAAACGGACGGCACGCCUGUCCGCAGCAUUGUGGUGACCACUUGGCGCUCUGGCUCCACAUUUCUCGGCGAUAUUCUGAACGCUAUACCCGGCAACUACUAUCACUAUGAGCCACUCCUAGACUUUGGCAUACGCCAAGUACGCGCCGACGAGGACAAAGAAUUGGCCGUUGAAAAUUUGAAAACACUGCUCAAUUGUGAAUAUGCUGACAUGACCGAAUAUCUGGAAUUUGGUAAAACGCACACAUAUCUAUUCGAACAUAACGAGCGAUUGUGGAGCGUUUGUCGUGAAUUUCCGCGAUUCUGUUGGCGAGCCAGCUUCCUAACGCCCUUCUGCAAGCUCUUUCCCAUUCAGAGCAUGAAAACAGUGCGACUACGUUUGGAGCAGGCCGAGAAGCUGCUGGAUGAUCCAAGCCUUAAUGUGCGAAUUGUGCUCCUGGUGCGUGAUCCUAGAGGGACAAUGCAGUCGCGCCGCCAUCGGGUGUGGUGUGCGGGUAACGAGGACUGCGAAAAUCCGAAAUUGGUCUGCAAGGAUCUGGUUGAUGACUACAGGACAGCAGAGAAGUUGCUCAAGAGCUAUCCUUCGCGUUUCCGAACGCUACGCUAUGAGGACCUAUCCCUGAAUCCCUACGAUGUCACGCAAGAGGUUUUACAGUUUUACGGCUUACCCUUCGAUCCAGCUGUCGAGGAGUUUCUGGACACACACACCAAAGUGAAUAUAGGCGGUGUUAGCUCAACAUAUCGCGACUCUCGCAUGGCACCCUUCCACUGGAAGCAGGAUCUCAAAGUGGAUGAGAUCAUGCAGAUACAGGAUGUGUGCGGUGAAGCCAUGGAUUUGUGGGGCUAUCGCCGCAUCGCCAACUUCAGCAUCUUUGCCAGCACGCAACAAAAUUUCGACCCCAUAGUGCUGCCGCCGCCGUUUACGUAAGGCCCGCAUCUGAAUCUCUGCGCAGUCUUUCAACAUAACUAAUUCUUCUACUUGGUACAUUUUGUUGUGAUAUCGUCGGGAAAUGCGAAAAAACAGAUUUAGAGAACUAAAGCGCAUUACGAAAAUGUUGUUUUUAGAAAUUUAGCGACACACACACACACAGAAACACACUUCACUGAGCAAUAGUUAUAUGCUAUAUAAUGAUAUUAUGCAUACAAACUAUAUGCGAUAAUUGUAUAAUUUUAGUGAUUGGCGAAUUUUGUGUAGCAUUAAAAUCAAAUAUCGAAUAUCAUAUUUGUAUUUAGGCCACCUAGCAUCUAAGCUCUAUUAUCUCAAUCCUAAUUAUUGUUACGUUUCGGUUCUUCAGUUUGUCGCGCAACGAAAGCAAAUUUCAAAAGAAACAAAGAAUCAGAAUAUAUUGUACAUUUUUAAGCUAAAAGUAUAGAAGAAAGAAACACAGACACACAUUACACACACAAACAUACAUACAGUGAAACAUUUAGACUAAGCUGCUAAGUACGGGCGAGUUUUGUAAUUUUUGCAAACUUUUUGCUACAAAUUAACAAUCUUAGAAAAUCGAAUGCAACUCUCCAGAACGCAUAGAAAACCCAGUGAUUAAUUAUUUAGUAAAACAAACAAAACGUAUCAGCCGUAAUUUAAAUACAUAUUUAGAUAAAUGCAUGAAUUAAAAAAAAGCAAUUGUAUACAAGAAAUAACAACAAAUAACAUUUGGUAGCUAUUGUGCAAUAAAAACAAAUGAAAUCUGCAAAAUACAACGACCCAAAACCCAGAUUCUCCUCUCCUAAGCAUUAAGGUUUUAGAUAUGGCCGUAGCCCUAAUUAUUUUAAAAGCAAUUCAAAUGAAAAAUCUGAUAAACGGGAAUGAUAUUCCCAUUAUGAAUUAUGGUUAUUUAGUUGUAAUUUUAAACCAUUGUACUAUAAUUAUAUGUUUUCGUCUCAUUGUUAUACUUAAGCUGAAUCCGCGUCGAAAGCAAACCAGCAAAGCAGGGUCGUGAAACUGAAACUUAAUAAUGGCUAAAUUUAAUUAAAUUAAAUAAAGUAAAACAAACAAA